UUUGAAAAACAAUUUGGAAAAUCAGCUGAUGCAAUGUGAAGAAGGUAUCCAGCAGCUCGAAACUCAGAUAGCAGUUGUUCAGGCCGAUCUCCAAAUACUGCGCUUACGUGCGGAAGAAUACAAAGCAAAAAUCGGAUAUUUCCAAAAUUUGGCUCCAGGACAUAUUGUAUAAAAACGAAAAAAUAUUCAGUAACUGUAUUUUGAUAUAAAAAUAAAAUCGCGUUAAAAUAUUUUUAUUUUAUUUCAAAUGUUAGCCAGGACGCUUUUGGUCAGAUUUAAAUUAGGUCUAAAAUAUCUAUGGAACAGCUCUCGAACAGGUCUAGGACAGCCUUAAACAGACCCAAAACCUCUACGGAACAGGUUUCUACAGGUCCGACACAGAUAUGGACCAUUUUGCUUCUUUAAACAGGAAUGUUUAUUUCGCAUUGCGAUCGAACAAUUAUUUUUGGUGACGCAAAGUAUAACAUACUGACAAAAUGAAAUUACGGAGUGAGAUUUUUUUUUUUGCGUUUUUGUUCGCGUCGAAGGAAAUGCGACGAUAAACUCGAUGUCGAAGGAAACGCAUGCGGUAAGAAUAUCAAACGUUUCGAUUAAACCAUUUCUUGUGUCGCAGGAAAACACGUAUGCCGUUCCUAAGCGGUCUAAUAUGAAAGUCUCGUUUAAAACAUUUUUUUUUUGCGGCGAAGGCAGGCGACGCGAUGAUCUCACCCGCCAAAGUUUAGUUUAAACAUUUCGCAAAGCGAUGAUGUCAUGCAUCCGCUGCCGCACACCGACGACGCGGCGGGCAAUGAUAUCAGCCAGUUGUCAAACGCGACGGCGGCGGUACGCCUGAGUCAUCGCACACAAUCGCGCUGCAAUUUACAUUCACGCCGCGACCAACGGUCGAGUUUCGAAGCGAAGCGGCCCCAUACGACGACGGUUUGGUUAGGUUAGGUCGCUAACUACGACCAAUUUUAUCAGCGGGUCGCGUUAUAUUGCGGAAUUCUCGCCAACACAAAUCUUAAUUAUUCUGAAGGAACGUUCUCGAAUGUAAUUUUAAAUUCAUUACCCCAGAAAAAAUGGCUUAAUUAACAAGUGACCGCCGCCAUAGUGAGACUUCAUUCUUUGGAUUUUUGUUUGUGUUUCACCACUUAAAAAAACAAAUAAAAAUCUUCACCUGCGAAUAUUGCAACCGCUCGUUCAGCCGUAAAGACCACCUGGCGAGGCACGGGGACUGUCGCGCAGCAGUACAAAUUUGUGACGUUUGCGGCGGGAUAUACAAAUCCGAGGGGGCUCUCCGACGCCAUAAACGCGAGAAGCAUGAGGUUCCCAAGGCGAAAAGACCCGCCGCCGCCCCUAUUGCUGCAGACGAACCCAAGCGCCCGAGACUUGACCUACCGGAAGGUAAGGAUUUUUGAUUUUAUAUCCCAAACAAUUCUCAUAUUGUAUUUUAUAGCUUCGACAUCAUCAUCAUCACCAUCAUCCACGCGCCAUUGUACGCAGUGUAACUUGACCAUUCCUGCAAUGAGAUGGCAAGGACACUUGCGUACUUUGGCUCACCGCCAAAAAUGCAGCGUGGUGCAGGAGCCAGGAGUAGAAAUGAUACAGACCUCCUUCCGUAACCGCAUAGUUACAUACCGUCUGGCGUCCACCAUUAACCCUACCGACGUUAAGGGCUUCUUGGACCACCUUAGGUCCAAAAUCCUUACGUUGGUAGAGUCGAACGUCCGACGCUACGGCAACGUAAAAGUCGGUAUGGAGCUAUUCGGAAACUUCCUCUUGCAGACGAAGGAACAAGAGGAGGUCAAGUCCUUCAAUACCAAAUAUCGGCUGGUGAGCGGAAACACCGAUCUGGAGGAGCUAUACGUCCAGUUCGUCGACAUCUUGGCUACCAAAGCGUCCGAGUUUCAGGAAAGGGACAGCGGUAUGAUUCAUAAAAAUGUAUAUUUCCGAACUAAUUUCUUUCUCUUUUUUACAGGCUGGGCGUUGGAGGAACUUCUCCAUUUAGAAAUAGGGAUUAACAAGUACAAUCCCCUAAGGGCGUCGUCCUAUGUUAACCUGCCCAAGGAAAUCGAAGCCAAAAAAGCUGUUUUGAACUUGCAAAAUACGGACGAAAAAUGCUUUAUGUGGUCGAUCUUGGCUGCUCUUCACCCAAUUCACUGGACAAAUAACGCUAACAGGGUCAGUAACUAUGUAGAAUUUCAGAACGAGCUGGAUUUUACAGGUAUCGAUUUUCCCGUUAAACUUAAGGACAUAUCCACUUUUGAACGACUUAAUGAAAUUUCGGUCAAUGUCUAUGGCCUCGAGAGAGUCUAUAACAAAGUCCGUAAUGAUGUUGAGGUCGUUGGUCCUUUGCAUUUUACUGAAUCUCGUAAAGAGAGACAUGUAAACCUAUUAUUAAUUAGUAAUGACUAUGGAGAAAAUCAUUAUUGUUUAAUAAGAAGUAUGUCUCGGUUGGUUUCAAAACAAUUAACUAAAAGGUCCUCUACAAAGUUUUUAUGCGAUGGGUGUUUGGUUUAUUUUUAUAACGAAGAAAAACUAAAGCGUCAUAAAGAACACGACUGCACUCACAUUUCCAUCAAACUUCCGAUCACCGAAUUGCGCAAGGAUAAAUACGGUAAAGAUAUUCCCGCGAAUAAGCUGAAAUUUGAAGAAUUUGAAAAGAAAUUAAAAGUUCCUUUUGUUGUGUACGCGGACUUUGAAACAGUCAUGACUCCUUUACAGGUGGAAGGCGAACCGAAUCCCGACAAAUCGUUUACCGUCAAAACUCAUAUUCACGAGCCUUACUCUUUCGCCUACUAUGUCAAAUGUGACUUUGACGAUUCCCAGUCUACUUUUAAACAGUACAGAGGUCGGGGCGCACACAAAAUUUUCAUUGAAUGGUUGGAGAGCGACUGCAAAGCGCUCUACAACAAGUUCAUGAAAACUUCCGUGCCCAUGACCACUCUAUCGUUUGAACAAGAGACCGGCUUUCGAAACGCUGUGGCUUGUCACAUUUGCGAGAAGCCAUUUAAUGCAGAGGACGAAAAAGUAAGAGAUCAUUGUCAUAUGACGGGCGAAUUUCGAGGUGCGGCUCACUUCACUUGCAACUUGAAUUUCAAAGUUCCGCGGCACAUCCCUGUCUUUUUUCACCAUUUAGGUUUCGACAGUCAUUUAUUUGUAAAAGUUAUGGCUGAAGAAGGGGAAAAGAUCGAUGUCAUCGCCCAAAACAAGGAACGUUACAUUUCCUUUACGAAACAUGUCCUAGUCGAUAACAUUGAGUCGGAGAAAGGAGGCAAAGGGAAAAGGGUAUUUUUAAAACUCCGAUUUUUAGAUUCAUUUCGAUUUAUGGCAUCCAGUUUGGACAGAUUGAGUCGAAAUUUGAACGAUAGUCAGUGUCGGGAAGUCAAAAAAUUUUUUAAAAAUGAACAAGAAUUUCAACUUAUUCGACAGAAGGGCGUUUUGCCAUAUACGUAUCUAGAUUCUUUUUCAAAAUUAGACGAAACCAAACUGCCAUCGCACGAGGACUUUUAUGACUCCAUGCGAAAGAGCAACAUAACCAGGGAGGAUUACAAGCGUGCCUGGACUGUGUGGAAUUUGUUCAAAUGUAAAACUUUAGGCGAAUAUUCAGAUAUUUAUUUAAAAUCCGACGUUUUAAUUUUAGCCGAUAUUUUUGAAAACUUCAGAGAAGUGUGUCUGAAAACGUACGGUCUGGACCCGAGUCAGUUUUAUACGACACCGGGUCUAUCAUGGACGAGCGCCCUGAAGGCGACAAAGGUCGAACUGGACCUGUUGACCGACGUGGACAUGAUACACUUCUUGAAGCACGGUAUCCGCGGAGGAGUCAGUCAGUGUAGUGUGAGAAAGGCCGCGGCUAAUAAUAAAUUUUUACCUAAUUACGACCCUUCCAAACCUAUUUCUUACGUCAUGUACUUGGACGCUACCAAUUUAUACGGGGCGGCCAUGUCACAAUACCUCCCAACGGGAAACUUCGAGUGGUUGGAGGAGGGCAAAAUUCAAAAUUUAGAUAUUACGCGUAUCCCCAACGAUUCACCUAGGGGCUAUAUUUUCGAAGUAGAUUUGGACUAUCCGGAAGUGCUGCAUGACGCACACAACGAACUGCCUUUUUGCCCGGAAUCCAUCGUUUCGCCAAUCGCGAAAACCAAAAUGAGAAAACUUAUUCCAAAUUUAAACAAUAAACGUAAUUAUGUAUUGCAUUAUAGGAAUCUGCAACAGGCUUUAAGCAACGGUUUAAAGCUUGUUCGCAUCCAUCGCGUUCUUGUUUUCGAUCAAUCUCCCUGGCUAAAACAAUACAUAGACUUGAAUACGGCGAUGCGUAAUACAGCUAAAAAUAAGUUUGAAAAAGAUUUUUUCAAACUUAUGAAUAACGCUGUGUUUGGAAAAACGAUGGAAAAUGUGGACAAAAGGGUGGACGUGCGGCUCGUUUCCCAUUGGGAAAAUAUUGGGAAAAGGUUGGGGGCAGAAGCGUUAAUCGCGAGACCUAAUUUUAAAAAUGUCGCCAUAUUUAGCGAAAAUCUAGUAGCUCUCCAGAUGGAAAGGACUAAAGUCGUAUAUGAUAAGCCUAUUUACGCCGGAUUUUGCAUUUUGGACAUAUCCAAGACUCUCAUAUACGACUUUUUUUACGGCUAUCUAAAGGCUAAGUACGGCGACAAAGCUGUCUUACUCUACACCGAUACCGACAGCCUCGUUGUCCAAAUUUUUUGCGAAAAUUUCUACGAAGAUAUGAAAGAAAAUUUGGACAAAUUCGAUACUUCUAAUUACUCGGAGAACAACCAACACGGCAUUCCUGUAAACAAGUCCGUUCUUGGUAAAAUGAAGGACGAGUACGCAGGACGGCCGUUGUGGGAAUUCUUGGGUACGGGAGCGAAAGCUUAUUGCGUAAAUGUGGACGGCAACGAGUUGACCAAAAAGGCCAAGGGCGUUGCUGACUCGGUCAGCCAGCGCGAACUUAGUCUCGACGACUAUAAGCGCGCUGUCCACGAGGAAGGCACGCUAAUCUUGCGCCAAAUGUCUUCGUUUCGCUCACAUUUACAUGAUAUGUACGUCGAACUGAAAAAUAAGGUGGCGUUGUCUUACGCGGAUGACAAACGACAUCUUAUACCCGGCUCAGAGUACACGCUAGCUUGGGGCCAUCGAAAUUUAGUUGGUUCAAAGGACAGCGGGAAAAUCACUGAUUGAUCGACCACCAGAUAUUUCU